GACGUGGAAAACAUAUCGGAGUGGGGCCGUUGGAAGAACAACUUUAUUCCAAGCGGUAGAGCAUCGACGCAAACGGGUACUCUUCAAUAUUCUCUCCUCUCUCUUCCAUAAUCAAAAUUGGGUUGCAGAGCUCAGUGAGUGAUUGGUAAUGGAGAAAUCUGAGACGGAGCAGCAAAAUCAAGAAGAACACCUCGACGUCCUCACAAAAACUGGCCAAAAGACUGGCGUCUCCAAACCCAGAGGAGAUGUUCAUAGAGAUGGGGAUUACCAUCGAGCUGUUCAUGUGUGGAUUUUUUCCGAGAGUACACAAGAACUGCUUCUCCAACGACGAGCUGACUGCAAGGAUUCGUGGCCAAGGCAGUGGGAUAUCUCCAGUGCGGGCCACAUAUCUGCUGGUGAUUCAUCCCUUAUCUCUGCCAGAAGGGAGCUUCAUGAAGAGCUUGGUGUAAUCCUUCCGAAGGAUGCAUUCGAAUUGAUAUUCAUUUUUCUUCAAGAGUGUGUCAUAAAUGAUGGCAAGUAUAUCAAUAAUGAAUACAACGAUGUAUAUCUGGUAACCACCAUUGCUCCAAUUCCUCUGGAGGCAUUUACUCUUCAGGAAUCUGAAGUCUCUGCUGUCAAAUAUAUCCCAUUUGAGGAGUACAAAAAUUUGCUUGCAAAGGAGGACCCUGAAUACGUUCCCUAUGAUGUAAAUGGCCAAUAUGGUCAGCUUUUUGAUAUAAUUGCGACAAGAUACAAAGUAAACAUGGAGACACGGAGUUUGGCUCUACAAAAGCAGCUUUCACGUUAUGCUUGUAUCUCCCUUGGGGCUGAGUUGACGGGGCUCACUGAUGGAGACAAGGAAGCUCUGGCUUUGCUUGUUAAAGCUGGGACAAUCAUUGAUGACAUUUUCCACCUGCAGGCUUGGUACAGCAAUCCAACUUUAAGGGAUUGGUUGAAGGAGUAUGCGGAGAUAUCUCAUGUGGACAAAUUAAAGUGGAUGUAUUAUAGGAUUAACAAAAGUCCAUGGUCCUGUCUUGAUGAAAAUGAAGCAUUUUUAACAACUGCAGAUUCAGCUGUUAAGUUGCUUCCUGCGGCCACAAAGCCUAUUACUGGGUGGAGGGGACUUGAAUACAGGACUGCAUUUCCUAUGCAGAAACCACCUGGUGCUAACUUUUAUCCUCCAGAUAUGGACAAGAUGGAGUUUGAAUUAUGGAAGGACAGUCUUGCGGAGGAUAAAAAACAAGAUGCAACAGGAUUUUUCAGUGUCAUUAAAAGGCACAGUGAAACAAAUUUGGACACCGUCCUGUCUGACAGUACGGCAGGUAGCAUCGAUCAAUUUCCGCGCCUUGCUCAUGAUCUUUAUACUGUUCCUUACUCUCAAGAGUAUAAGCAUUUCCUAGCAAAAGCUGCUGAAUUGCUUCAUAAAGCAGGAGACUUAACAAGCUCGCCUAGUUUGAAGAGGUUGCUACAUAGCAAGGCUAAUGCUUUCAUUUCCAAUGACUAUUAUGAUUCAGAUAUAGCCUGGAUGGAGUUGGACUCGAAGUUGGAUGUUACUAUAGGACCGUAUGAGACUUAUGAAGAUGCACUUUUCGGGUACAAGGCAACAUUUGAGGCAUAUAUCGGAGUUCGAGAUGACAAAGCAACAAAUCAAGUUAAACUCUUUGGCAAUCAUUUGCAGGUUUUGGAGCAAAAUCUUCCAAUGGAUAAUGCGUACAAAUCCCAGGACAUAAUUGCUGCUCCCAUUCGCGUUAUCCAGCUCAUUUAUAAUUCUGGGGAUGUGAAGGGUCCUCAAACGGUGGCAUUUAAUCUUCCAAAUGAUGAGACCAUAGUAAAGGAUCGGGGAACAUCCAUGGUCAUGCUUAAAAAUGUUUCAGAGGCAAAGUUCAAGCAUAUUCUUCAACCUAUAGCUGAAGUAUGUAUAUCAAAGGAACAACAGGAUUGUGUAGACUUUGAUUCUUUCUUCACUCAUACAAUUUGCCAUGAGUGUUGCCAUGGGAUUGGGCCUCAUAGCAUAACGCUUCCAACCGGUGAAAAGUCUACAGUUAGAUUGGAGCUGCAAGAACUGCACUCCGCUCUCGAAGAAGCUAAAGCUGAUAUUGUCGGCCUCUGGGCCCUUAAAUUCCUAAUUGGUCAGAAUUUGCUUCCGAAGACUCUGACCAAAUCCAUGUAUGUCUCUUUCCUUGCGGGAUGCUUCCGCUCAGUACGUUUUGGUUUAGAGGAAGCUCAUGGGAAAGGACAGGCGCUUCAGUUUAACUGGUUAUUUGAGAAAGGAGCCUUUGUUUUGCAUCCAGAUGAAACUUUCUCUGUCAACUUUUCCAAGGUCGACGCGGAAGUUGAGAGCUUGAGUAGGGAGAUACUUACAAUACAGGCAAAAGGCGACAAAAAGGCAGCAAAAGCUCUCCUUGACAAGUACUGUAAAAUGUCACAACCGUUGAAAGCUGCUUUGGAAAAGUUGGAAAAGAUUCAGGUUCCAGUGGACAUUGCUCCAACAUUCCCCAUUGCUGAUGAAAUAUCACAUAUCUACAAAUGAAAAUAUACAACAUUCGCCGUCUCCAUUCUUCAAGGAAGCUUGCACUUCUUGCAUUUGGUCGCUUCACUUUUCUAACGGCGAGCAGUUAUUUCAGUGGCAGUAUUUGUAGCAUAAUUUACGUCAAAUGAUGAAUUUCUCUGUAGAAAUUUUCAAAGAGAAACAGUGAGAUGUUUGAAACAAUGUCUGAAUAUGCCUACUGUCAUUUUAGUCUUCACUUGUAUGAAUAGGAGGGAAUGCAAUUAAUCUUUCAUUUUGUAUGAAACAGUGAGAUGUUUUGGCU